AUGGAAAUGACGAUGCCUCUGCGGGGUGCCUCACGAGGCCCUGCCCAGCCGGCGAGCUCUGCUGCGCCAGGCGCACCCGCCCGCACGCAGAACGCAGGCGCCCAGUGCGUGGCGUCCGCUGCCGGCCGUCAAUCUCGGACAUCUCAUCAGGCUCAUCACGCUCGUCAUCGGCCUCUGCCCAUUCCAGUGGCGCGGUCUGCCUCAGAGGCCGUUGCCGCCUGCUCGAGUCACUGUCCGCGGGUCCUCGUCUCCGCCGCGCAGCAGAUUCUGCUGGUUGUUCACGCCGUCGCGCUGCUGCUCCUUGGCCGCGAGGUGUAUGUCCAAUCGGGCAACGCAGGGGGAUCUGCCAGGCCAUUCAGCAGUGGCAUUCUUCGGCUGCCGCCUGUCUCACUCACACCCAAUCUUCUGUCACCGUUCGACAGCGGGGGUGCGGUCGCUCUCGCUGGCGACCAGCUCGUGGCGAAGACGGAGCAAAACUCGGAGCAUAAGAAUGUUUCCCCAGGGGAGGCAUACAUCGCCGCGCUGUCGAUCAUCUGCGGCUUUGUCUUCCUCGCAGAGUGCAUCAGCUGUCUCAUCCUCCUCUUUUCGCCCGUGACUGCGCUUCCGUACAUGCGCUUGUGCAUGGUCCACCGAAACAAUCGGGUCCUGCCCGCACACGAGGGGUGGUAUACUCCGUCCCUUCUCACUGAAAUUGUUCCGGAGAUCGUCAUGGCGAUCCUCGGUGCCUUCGUCCUCUGCGGCUUUGUCCUGUCCGAGCAGCAGAUGUUCAAGCAUUUGGCAGAAUGCAUCUUGCUCCUGUUUCCGUCCGCGCCAGGCACUCCUCUGUCGACAACCGGCCUGGGCAGCUUCUCCCUUUUGCCUCAUACAUCGGGGCUUCAAGUCUCGCCUGUGGCUCCAUUUGUUUCCCUGUUGGCCGCGGCAUCCAUCGGGGGCCUCUCAUACGGCGUUUUCCUGCCUUACUUUUCUUCCACGAUGAUUGCCAUCGUUUCCUUCUGCACUCUGUGCUUCGCUCUGUCGGUGCCGUUCUUCCCGUUCGUGUCGACAUCCAUUGCUUUCGCAUCGCCUCCGCCGUCGCUCAUUUACUUUUUGCCGCCGACUUUCCUUCCCUGCCUCACUCUCGGAGCUUUCCUCGUGGUCUGCACCUGCAUCAAGCACUUCCGAAAAUACGGAACUAUCAUGCGUGCAGAGGAGCGUUUGCUGAGUUCUUUGCGCAUCGUCGUCACGCUCGCGAUUUUCGUCUGCUCGGGAACAGCCGUGCUUUCGUUCUUCUCGUCUUGGUCUCUCUCCCCGUUGUCUGCCGGUUCUUCGGUGUUUGGUGCCUGGCACGACUUCCUCACGCGUCUUCACCCGUAUCUCCCUCGCGUCUCGACCUGCUGCGGUGCAGUUUGCGCCCUGCUUCUCAUGCUCUCCGUCAUUCACGUGUUUUUGGAGUACUACUCGAUUCGAAACACCGCCGUCGGCAUCCGUCUGCAGGGGGCGUUCUUCUCGCUUUUCAACCUUCCGGUGGUAGUCCGGGUCGACGCGGACGGCAACCCCGAAUUCUCAGGCCUGCCGGGGCUGUCGCAGUGCAUGCCAUCGCCGGGCGACGACGAGGCGGAGCGGCGGGCAGGAGGCGUCAGUGCGCCACUCCUGCUUCUGCCUGGUUCGCCGAUGCCUGAGCAGCUGCGACCGGCGUACUCCCCCGCGAUCCUGCAUCGCUCCAAGUCGCCAUCCGACGGUCGAGAUCCGCCCGGGAUCCUCCGCGGCUUCAUUUCGGGCCUCGGCCGCGGGGCCCGCGCCGAGGAUGAGACCAGGCGGAGCCUCAUGGUCGUCCGGUCCAACGCAGGCGUCGCCCCUGCAGGCAGUGUCUCCCCCGUCUGA